GUGAGGAUGAGGAUGGAGGGCAGGGAGGAGAUGCAGGGCGCCGUGGGGCUACGCUGCACCUGGGACAUCCCGCCACCCGCUGGCACCCAGGCCAAGUGGGUGAGGCUCAAUGUGGGGGGCACCGUCUUCCUCACCACCAGGCAGACCCUGUGUCGGGAGCAGAAAUCUUUCCUGUGUCGCUUGUGCCAGGGCGAGGAGCUGCAGUCGGACCGGGAUGAAACUGGUGCAUACCUAAUAGAUCGGGACCCCACUUACUUUGGACCCAUUCUGAAUUUCCUCCGUCAUGGGAAGCUGGUCCUGGAUAAAGAUAUGGCUGAAGAGGGGAUCCUUGAAGAAGCUGAGUUCUACAACAUCGGUCCUUUGAUCCGAAUAAUCAAGGAUCGAAUGGAGGAGAAGGACUACACAGUAACACAGGUGCCUCCUAAGCAUGUCUACCGUGUGCUGCAGUGCCAGGAAGAGGAGCUCACUCAGAUGGUUUCCACUAUGUCAGAUGGAUGGCGCUUUGAGCAGCUUGUGAACAUUGGCUCAUCCUAUAAUUAUGGGAAUGAGGAUCAGACAGAAUUCCUGUGCGUGGUCUCCAAGGAGUUGUACAACUCCCCCAAUGGCCUGAGCUCUGAGCCCAGCCACAAAGCCAAGAGCACAGAGGAGGACCUGGAGGAGGAAGAGCAGGAGGUGGAGGAGGAGGCAGAGGCAGAGGCAGAAGCAGAAGCAGAGGAGAAAGACUGUCCAUCUAUUCGGGAUUGUGCUAAACUCUCUUCCUGCGGACCCUCCCUCCUGCUCCCUUCCGUGUCCAUCCCAGCACUGUCAUCUACCUCCCACAUUGCCUCACUUGCCAGCCUCCAGCAUCCUUCCCUCUGCUCUCUUUGUUCCCCAGGGCUCAGAGUGGUCUCUGCCCAGGGCCCUGUCUCUCUCUGCUCCUCACUUUUCCUCCUCUGCAGGUAUGUUACCUGUCUGCACUACCAGCUCCUGCCAGCCUGAGCUCUGCAUGAGUGACUCACUUCCCUCUUGUGGCUGUUACAAGCCAGAGAUCUGAGGACAUGAUCUGAACACUCCAGUCCAGCCUUUUCAUUUCUUGUUUAUAUCUUUAUUUUUGUACUGCAGUGUAUGGCAGCCCCUUGUCCCACAGUGACACCCCCAGCCCCCUUCACUCUUCACAUGCAACCAUUUUUUUUUUACAAACUCAAGUCGGAGGCCUGAGCUUCCAGCCCUGGAGGAGGGCAGAUGCUCCAUGGAGCCCCUGGGCUGCUGUAGGAGCUGGAGCCCACGGCCCCCUCCUAUGCCUGGCAGUCUGGCUUUCCUUAGUGUCACAGUGGCCCCUGGUGGGGACAUGAGCGAUCAGCCACUGCAGCCUGCGGUCCCUUCGUGAGCACCCUGGAUGCAAAUGGGGACUGAAAUGGUGGCAGCUGUGGAAGAACCAGCCCUCGCCCUUUCGCUGUUGCAGGCAACUGGUCUGGGCAUGUGGCCCGCGGACAAAUGCAGAGCCACCGUCCUUUUCUGGGCCACCUGUAUUGCUUGGAGGUGUCCCUGUGCUGGGUAUCAUGUUCCUUGGUGCCUCCCUCCCUGUCCCCCAAAGCAGCCCUGUGCCAGCAGUGUGAGGAGAACGGUGUGCUUCCUGGGUACCAGGAACAUGCUGGUACCUGAUGUUGUGUCAGCCAGCACCAGGAGAUCCCAGUUUUGGGGAGCGGGGUGUUUGCUUCACUGCUAUGUCUGAAGACUCCUGAAUAAAAUUCACAGUCUGUUCCUC